GUUUUCAUUGGAAACUGGAAUAACUCCGCCUUUCAACAUAACUUGCAGUGGAACUCCUGCAGAGACUGGGAAUCUGUGUCCGCACAAACUUCAUUGCCCGCAUUGCAAUCACGUCUGAUUUUCUACAGAAUUAAGAUUGCCUGAAGACGGUGGGCCCUGGCAGCAGUAGACCAGAAGACCAACAAUGUCUUACUAUUCCAGAGUAGUGUUUUCCACAUUCCACGCAAGUGCUGUGGGCAGGUUCUCAAAAGUGAAGACAACCCAAGUUUUGCAGUGUUUUCCUGCCACUUUGCACAAGCGAGAAUGCCCAAAGUUCAGUACAUCAGCAGCAGCAGCAGCCAAUGCUGAAAAGGCCCUGUCUUUUAACUAUGUGAUUGUGGGAGCUGGAUCCGCGGGGUGCGUGCUAGCUAAUCGGCUCUCUGAAAACCCUGAUGAUUCGGUGCUUCUCUUGGAGGCUGGACCAAAGGACAUGCUCCUCAACAGCAAGCGCUUGUCAUGGAAGAUCCAUAUGCCCGCUGCUUUGAUCUAUAACCUCUGCAAUGACAAGUAUAACUGGUACUAUCAUACCACGGCACAGAAGCACAUGAAUAAACGGGUUAUGUACUGGCCCAGAGGGAGGGUAUGGGGUGGAUCGUCCUCCCUCAAUGCCAUGGUGUACAUCAGAGGACAUGCAGAAGACUAUAACCGUUGGCACAACGAGGGGGCCACUGGAUGGGACUACGAGCAUUGCCUUCCCUACUUCAAGAAGGCCCAGACUCAUGAGCUGGGUCCGAACCAGUACCGAGGGGGCAGUGGGCCGUUACACGUGUCACGAGGCAAGACGGAUCAUCCACUACACCAUGCGUUCAUAGAGGCAGGCCAGCAGGCUGGAUAUCCAUUCACAGAUGACAUGAACGGGUUUCAACAGGAAGGGUUCGGCUGGAUGGACAUGACCGUUCAUAAAGGUCAAAGAUGGAGCUCAGCUAGUGCCUACCUACGUCCAGCUCUCACACGGCCGAACUUAAAAACUGCCGUGAAAACCCUCACAACAAGAAUUCUGUUUGAGGGAACGAAAGCUGUGGGAGUCGAGUACAUGCAGAAGGGACAAAAGAAGAAGGUUUAUGCCGACAAGGAGGUCAUUGUGAGUGGAGGUUCGAUCAACUCACCACAACUUCUCAUGCUGUCGGGAAUUGGAAAUGCAGACGACCUUAAAAACCUGGGAAUCCCUGUCGUGUCUCAUCUUCCAGGGGUUGGACAGAACCUUCAGGAUCAUCUGGAGCUGUACGUGCAGCAGCAGUGUACUCAACCCAUUACUCUCUACCGGGCUCAGCAACCCUUCCUAAUGGUUAAGAUUGGCCUGGAGUGGCUUGGGAGAUUUACAGGAUAUGGUGCAACCUCCCAUUUAGAGUCUGGAGGAUUCAUCAAAGGACACCCGGGCGUGACUCAUCCUGAUAUCCAGUUUCACUUCCUCCCAUCCCAAGUUAUAGAUCACGGACGAGUGAAUCCGAAAAUAGAGGCGUAUCAAGUUCAUGUUGGGCCAAUGAGAAGCACAAGCAGAGGCUGGCUUAAGCUGAAGAGUGCCAAUCCACAAGACCACCCGAUUAUUGAGCCGAACUACCUGUCAACGGAUAUUGAUGUCUGGGAGUUCAGACAGUGCGUCAAGCUUUCCAGGGAAAUUUUUGCCCAAAAAGCCUUCGACAAGUUCCGUGGCCAAGAAGUUCAGCCAGGCGUCAAUGUCCAGACAGACAAGGAAAUCGAUGCCUUUGUUAGAGAGAAGGCCGACAGCGCCUACCAUCCCUCCUGUACUUGCAAAAUGGGGCAGCCUUCCGACCCCAUGGCUGUGGUUGACCCCGAAGCCAGGGUGAUGGGGGUGGAGAACCUACGAGUGGUGGAUGCCUCCAUCAUGCCAAGUAUGGUUAGCGGGAACCUUAACGCACCAACCAUCAUGAUUGCUGAGAAAGCUGCCGAUGCCAUCAAGGGCCUUCCAUCUCUCCAUGAGAAGAACGUACCUGUUUACAGAGCUAAAAACCCAGCAGUGAAUGGGUGGAGAAAAUACAACCAACAUGAGUGAUUACAGACAGACUGUACCCAGCUAGUGAGGUGCCAUUCUGCCUUACCCAUCUCCAGUUUGAAUGGCUUGCCCAUCAACAAACAGGUGUUGAUUUUUUUAAAUAGGUAUUUUUUUCACAAAUUAAAAGUACAGAUUAACGACAGAGCAUUUUAAAAGCAGUAAUGUUUUUAAAACAUUUCAUUGCAUUAUUUAUAAGACAAUUUUAAACUGACACUUUUUUAAAAACUUUUUAUGCUGACCUUUAUAUGUCUUAAAUUCUGUUGUUACGGUCAAUUAAUCAGAAUGCAGAAGCACUGUUUUAUUCAAAGCAAGAUUAAGCAAAAUAAUAAAGCUCUUUAUUAUUGAAAUUCCAGGUGCACAGAAAAAGGGGUUAAUGCACUACUUUUUUUUUGAGCUGUGUUAGAGUUAUUGAUUAGAUUAACUGAAUGUGAUCAAUUACAGUUUAUACUUAAUCUUCUAUUAAUCAUGUCCUGCUUUUUUAAAUGAUAGAUAGUGUUAGUGUACCAAUACAUUGAGUUUAAUCAACAGGUAAUAAUUUAGGCUUGCAGUUUCAGUUUAAACCCAACAGAAAGAAUAUAAUGUUCCUGUCUGACUUGAGCACUGCACACUUUCCUGAUUAAUUCAAAGCUGGUUUGCUUACUUGUCCACUCAAUAUUCCAGAAAAACCUGGUUAAUUUAGGGUGUUUGUUUCUUCAUAUUGUUGAGCCACAGUGUAGUCUAAUCUAAAGAAUAUGUAGCAUUAUUGAGUAUCGUGUAUCCAGUGUCAUGUUGAAUUUAAAAACUCAGUUGUGUUUAUUGGAAUUAUUAGGAUGUCAUCUCACAGUUUGAUCCAGGACAGAAUUAAAAGAAAUACUUUAUAAAUCAUGAAUGAUACAAAAUCAAGAAACACCAGGUACUAUACAGUACAUGCUGCUACUGUUGUGUUGUACAAGAAAUAAAGGGGGAGAACUUGAACACAAACUUCAAAGAGUAGUAUUUUCAACCAUGUACAUUGCCACAUUAUUGUUUUCUCAUUAAUAUUAGUUUUAACAUUUUUUAUCCAUAUAAUAUUUAAAUAUAUAUUUAAUUCAAAACUGCUAUUAAAAAUGAUGAAAUUGCUGUGUUUUUGUGAACAUUACUUUAAGAUUUUGUUUUUGUUUUAUUCCUUUACUUGCAAACUGUAUAUUAUUACAUACCCAAGCAUCAUAAGGUGGCUUUAAAAUACAAAUAUAGAUCUCACUAUACUGUACAUACAGUCACAGGAAAGUACAAAUUAGCUCACCUUAUUACACACAGAUUGGAAUUUCAUGUAAAAGAACAUAAGAAACAAAGCACUAUAUAUUUACUUAUGCAAUGACAGACAGCUAUGUGCUAAUAUCUAAAUACCAUUGGUAUAGAAUUAAAACAAUUCAGUUUUCAGGAAUCCCUGACCCGAGGUAAAAGUAACUUGGUUUAGUCUUUAGUUAUCAACAUAAUUUACAAGAACUGUUCAGAAAAGAAUGCAUAUUAGAUUAGAUGAUACAAGUAAUUGCUAUGUACAGUACAACGUGUGUUUGAAACAGUUCUUCACAUGAUAAAUUACAGUCUCGAAUUUACAAAAGACCAGAACACAUGUUCACAUGAACAGUUCAAGAGCCCUUUCUGUAUGCACAUCCACUGUUAAAUACUUUGAAGGUAUUUCACUAUAUCGGUCAGGAAUUUGACGCAUAGUUUACUUUUAAGAUUUCAUAUUAAUCAAAUACUCGUUUUUUGUCUGAUUUUUUUUAUGAAUAUAAACUUUAUGUAAUUUUUUUUCACACUGUAAUAAACAUGGUUUGUGUCCAGAUUGUUCUGUCAAGGAAGCUAUGGUAAAAAAAAAAACCUUUAAAAGGUGUAAAAUGCCACAUUUGAAAUAGUUAUUUAAAACACUGAUAUGUUUCAGUCAUCUCUUCCAGAGGUACUAUUAAGAACAUUGUAACAUGGAGAUACGGGGGUGCUAUUGUUUUACCGCUUGUUAUCAUCUCAAAUUUUACAGGGUUUGAAAAAUUUGAUCUCAAAAUACCAUACUGCGGUAUGCCGUUGCCCAAAUAUUUGAAUAAAUCCAGCUAACGAAUCCAAUAAAAAUGAGAGAUUUUACUGAAACUGCAGUUUAAACACCCCUACAGUUUUACAAUAUCUACAUUAAAGCUCAGAUACUGUAUAAACAGCAACACCUACUGACAGGAAGGGGCUGCGUGUGCCGGUAUGCAAUGCUAAUUUAAUGUCAUCCUAUAGGAUGCACCAGUGUUGUACUGCAGUAAUGCUUUUUCAAGACUGACUAACAGAACAUUGACAUUUUAUUUUAGAUCACUGACAAUGGCUAGAACAAUCAAAAACAAGAACAUUCAGAUAUCCUGCAGCCACUGGCCAAGCACAAAUAGAAGGGCUGGUAAACAGGGGAAGUACAAGUCUUUACUAGAGGUCCACAAUGAAGAGAAGCAAGGUGUUAUUUGCAUAUUCAUGACCCCAAUGCAACUAGAAUUUCCUGUAUAUAAUAGCAUUUUAUAACUUGGAUCCGUUUGGCUCUAGAAGUAUCCAUUUUAAGUAUAAUUAGGGUUUUUAUCAACUGUUUAUUUGCAAAGGCAAUUUGACAUAGACCAUUGAAUGCAUUGCUACACGAUAAUUAUAAAAAGUAAAGUAGAGAAUUGUGAUUACUUUUAAGGUAUUUCUGUCAAACAUUUCAGUCCCUGUAAACGACGUUAUCGUUUGCUUCAUUUUAUCUGUCUGAUCAAGCAGCCUCAUUAAUACACCAGAUUGGCUGAGACUUUAACCAACUGAUGCAAUUGUUUUGCACAGGAUAUGCAAUGGCCACAAGCAUACACAGCAUUGCAACUUUGCAAAUGUGUUGAAGGAAAUGCCAUUUUGGCUUUUAAAAUCAGCAUCAUUUUGCUUUUGUUUUACUGAGUAGUGAGAUAGACAUUACAAUGAAAGGAAAUGUUAUUUCUGUUUUUAAAAAAACAAUAUAGUUUUUCUUUGUUUUAUUUUUUUGAGAACAUUAGGACGUUGAUAAAAGAACAAGCUAUUUCGAUUGCUGAAAACACAUUUUUGCAUAUCCUGUGUAAACAUAUAUUCAAAUUGACUUAAAACUUAUUCUUAAAAAGAAAGGAUACAUCUUAGCAAAAAGAAAAGGCUGCUCUACUAUAGUAAUCUAGGUCCCUAAUAAAAUAACAUCAAUCUAUUUGAUAAGAAUGAUACUAAUUAAGAACCAUAUUGCUGCUUUUUGUGUUUUUCAAAUACAGUACCAUAAAA